AUGUCCAACAAUCUCACUCGAGAGCAGGUCGCCUCUGCUCAACUUCAGGGCGACUAUGCAAUCAAGUCCGAGAGCUCCGCUCCCAAGCUGGACACAUCCCAAUGGCCCUUGCUGUUGAAAAAUUAUGACAAGCUGCUCGUGCGGUCAGCACAUUUUACGCCCAUACCAUCAGGAUGCAGUCCUUUGAAGCGCGACAUUGUGACAUACAUAAAAUCAGGUGUUAUAAACCUCGACAAGCCAUCAAAUCCCUCCUCCCAUGAAGUCGUUGCAUGGCUGAGACGCAUCUUGAGGGUUGAAAAGACUGGUCACAGUGGCACUCUCGAUCCCAAGGUGACUGGAUGCUUGAUUGUCUGUAUCGACCGUGCAACCAGGCUCGUCAAGUCACAACAAGGUGCAGGAAAGGAGUAUGUUGCCGUGCUCCGUCUCCAUUCUGCCCUUCCCAACCCCACAUCCCUCCCUCGCGCCAUUCAGACACUCACCGGAGCAUUGUUCCAACGCCCACCACUCAUUUCUGCCGUCAAACGCCAGUUGCGAAUACGCACCAUUUAUGAGUCAAAUCUGCUCGAAUUCGACGAAAAGCGUAACCUUGCUGUAUUCUGGGUAUCAUGCGUCGGCGGACACAUGCAAGAGCUGCGAAGAGUCAGAAGUGGUGCGCUGAGCGAGAAUGACAGCAUGGUCACUAUGCACGAUGUGCUAGAUGCUCAGUGGGUAUACGAUAAUACACGCGAUGAGUCGUACCUCCGCCGCGUCAUUCGACCCCUCGAGUCAUUACUGAUCGGGUACAAGCGAAUUGUUGUCAAAGAUAGCGCGGUCAAUGCUGUCUGCUAUGGCGCGAAAUUGAUGAUUCCUGGGUUGCUCCGUUAUGAAGCUGACAUUUCGCUUAACGAGGAGGUCGACAAUUUCUUUCCAGGUGAAGCGAUAGCGCUUGCUAUCGCUCAAAUGUCAACUGUGGAACUUGCCACAUGCGAUCACGGUGUGGUUGCUAAAGUCAAACGGUGUAUCAUGGAGCGUGACACCUACCCGCGUCGCUGGGGUCUUGGCCCGAAGGCAUUGGAGAAAAAGAAGAUGGUUAAGGAGGGCAAGCUCAGCAAAUUCGGCGAGAAGAUUGACGGUGUUACACCAGCGGAAUGGAGUAGGGACUACGUGGAUUAUAACCGGGAGCAACCGACCGCGGGCCCAUCGACUGUAGAGAUUCCCCCCUUGCCGGCUGCUGAGCAGGUCACUGAAGUCAGCUCGACAAAAGAAACGGAGAAAAAGAGGAAGAGGAAGUCGGAAGUGCUCGAUGCAGGUGCUGAUGCUGACGUUUCGAUGGUGAACGCCCAGGGGGAAAAUGACGACGAGGCGGAACGAGCGGAGCGGAAACGACUGAGGAAAGAGAAGAAGGCGAAAGAGGCGGCAGAAAAGGGAGAGGAUGCUGAAGAUGACGAGGCUAGAAGAGAGAGAAAGCGGCUAAGGAAGGAAAAGAAGGCGCGUGAAUCCAUGGGUGGUGACUCAUAG